AUGGCUUCUGGACCGCCUGCGGGCAUGGAUCUCUCCGAGAACUACUGCCCUCAAAUCAUAGGCGCUGAUAUGGCGCUACUCGCCCUGGCGACCAUUGCCGUGGUUGUGCGGUUUAUCUCCAGAUCCCUAUCGAAUGCGAACUUUUGGUGGGAUGACUGGGCUCUGGCAGUGGCGCAACGCGGUCAAUUUGUCUCAUCAUCUAUAAUUCGAUUUGAACGACCGGGCAGAAACGAAGAUGAAAGAAGAUUGAAGCUGACGCCUGUGUUAGCUACCAAAAACGGUGUCGGCAAACAUAUCUGGGCGCCCGGCGUGAACAUUGCCACUGUCACCAAGCUCCUUUGGCUGUAUGAGUUUUUCUAUGGCAGCGUCGUCCCAGCCGUCAAGAUGUCUGUUGUCCUUCUAUACUAUCGCAUAUUCCCCAUCAACUGGUUCCGACGAGUACUUUAUGGAAUAUCAUUCCUAGUGAUUGGCUGGUGGAUCGCGAUUGUCGUCACCGCGGGUCUUCAGUGCCGGCCGUACGACUAUUUCUGGAAGCAAUAUACAGACCCCACUGCCAAGGGGAGUUGCGUCGACGUCUACGCCUUCUUCAUUUCUAAUGCGGCGCUGAGCGUUUUCACGGACUUCCUUAUCCUGAUCUGUCCCAUACCAAUGAUUCUGCAGCUGCAAAUGCCCUUGAACCGAAAGCUGACUGUGCUUGGAAUCUUCCUUUUGGCUGGCUUGUAA